AUGUUGUCAACUCCAGUACCAGAUAUCUCAACGCUCUCUAUUUCGUCUAUUGCAGACUAUUAUAACUUUGAAUUCCCAGGAAAAGCAGCACAAAAGGAACAAGUUGUCGAUCUAUUGGAUCAACAAGGGUUCAUCCCAGACACCCUUUUGGAAAACGAAGUAGACUGGUUCUACGAAGGUUUGGGAAUCGAUGACUACUUUUUCUCGAAAGAGGUGCCGGAAACGAUCGCCAAUGUCAUCUCUACCCUUUACGCUUCCAAGUUGGAAUCGUUUGCGCAAAACUUGAAGCAAUUGAAGGUUCAAAAGUCAAUCAUUAACGAUUCUCAUGCCAUGUUUUUAGACACAGAUAACAGCUUAGACUCUGAGAUCGACUCUAAAUUCCUAGAUAAUACCGAAUCUCACUAUCGGUUGAUCUCCUUCUUGGCUGAAAACUCUUUGAAAUUGUCAUUUGUGUACCAAAAUGAGUACCCAAAGGACCCUGUCAGCAAGUCUGGCAGUGAAUUAACGACCGAACAAUUAACUUCAGGUGAUAUUGACAGCAUCAGUGAUGUAACAAUGAUUACCAUGACCUCUCAGGAAAACAAAAAACUGUAUGGUCAGCUAAUCCACCUUGUAUCCCAACGUGAUGGACCCGUCAUCAAGACUUUCAACUCGGUGGCUAACGCCAAUGAAGUGAGAAUGUGUAUCGCUUUCAAAAGAUCGUCAACAACUAGCUAUUACUCAGCGGUAUCCAGCUUGUUGAACUACUACCAGCUAAAACACUCCAAGCUUUAUGUGGAUACUUUUUCUAACGAUGUCUCCAUCAUUUCCAUAUACUUGGAUAAAACUCAACAAGACCAUGACAUCUUGAAGGAGUUGCGUCUGUCCUUAUUGCAAGUGGAAAGAGAAGCCUCUUUGCUAUACGCUAUCCCACAUAACAGCUUCAAGGAUUUGUACAAUACAAGAGUCUUUUCUCCACAAGAAGCGAUCUAUGCUCAUAUUGGGGCCAUCUUCAUCAAUCACUUUAUCAACAGACUUGGUUCAAGUUACGAUUCGUUGAUCAAACAAUUGAAUGUUAAGGCUGACGACACACUGUUGAAUGAGCUUUUAGCUAAUCUAAAACGUAAGCUAAGAACUGAAACUUACACCCAACAAAUGAUCAUUGAUGUGUUACACAAGUACAAGGAAAUUGUAUCAAAGUUGUACAAAUCAUUUGCCCAAGCACAUUAUCCACAAAAAACCUCAGCUACUGGAUCUGGUGGUCAAAAGUUACAAAUGACUUUGUCUUACCAACGUCUAACUCAAUUGGAACCUUUCAAAAACGAAGAAGAGUUUAACUUAUAUUUGAACAAGAUUUUCCCUAACGACUCUCCCGACUUGCUAAUCUUGAAAACUUUGAACUUGUUUAACAAAUCUAUCUUGAAAACCAACUUCUUUAUCACCAGGAAAGUUGCCAUUUCAUUUAAAUUGAAACCAGAAUUGAUCUUGCCAAAGAGUGAAUAUCCAGAAACUCCUUAUGGUAUUUUCUUUGUCGUUGGUAACUCCUUCAAGGGUUUCCACAUCAGAUUCAGAGAUAUCGCCAGAGGUGGUAUCAGAAUUGUGGUAUCUAGAUCCCAGGAUGUGUACGAGAAGAACUCAAAGAGUGUUAUCGAUGAAAACUACGGAUUAGCAUCAACGCAACAAAAGAAAAACAAAGAUAUUCCAGAAGGUGGUUCGAAGGGUGUCAUUUUAUUGAACCCUGGUUUAACUUCCUCUCAAGACACUUUCAAUGCCUUUUCUCAAUACGUUGAUUCCAUCAUUGAUAUUUUGAUUAAAGAUCCAUUGAAAGAAAAUUACGUUGAUCUAUACGGCAAAGAAGAAAUCUUAUUCUUUGGUCCUGAUGAAGGAACUGCAGGUUUCACCAACUGGGCUACUUUGCACGCUAAGAGACGUGGAUGCCCAUGGUGGAAGUCUUUCUUGACUGGUAAAACCAGUUCUCUUGGUGGUAUUCCUCAUGAUGAAUAUGGUAUGACCUCAUUAAGUGUCAGGGCAUACGUCAAUAGCUUAGCAGAAAAGGCUGGCUUCCAAAAUGAAAAGACUUACAAGUUCCAAACUGGUGGGCCUGAUGGUGACUUGGGUUCCAACGAAAUUCUCUUGUCCACAGAUAAUGAAGUCUAUUUAGGUAUUGUGGAUGGUUCUGGUGUCUUGUGCGAUCCAGAAGGUCUUGAAAAGACUGAAUUGAAAAGAUUGGCAAAGGAAAGAGUCAUGUCAUGCAAUUACGAUAAAUCUAAACUAUCGAAGAGAGGAUUCUUCGUGUCAGUUGAUGACAUUGACGUUAUGCUACCUAAUGGUUCGCUUGUGGCAAAUGGUACUACGUUCCGUAACACAUUCCAUUACGAGGUCUUCAAAUUUGUUAAUCACAUUGAUCUAUUUGUUCCAUGUGGUGGUAGACCAAACUCUAUUGAUUUGAACAAUUUGCACUAUUUCAUUAAUAAGGAAAAUAACAAGUGCAAGAUUCCAUACAUUGUAGAGGGUGCUAACUUGUUUAUCUCUCAACCUGCAAAGCUUGAGCUAGAAAGACAUGGUGCCGUUUUGGUCAAAGAUGCUUCUGCCAAUAAAGGUGGUGUCACGUCAUCCUCUAUGGAAGUUUUGGCUGCUUUAUCUUUGAAUGACGACGAUUUCGUCAACAAAUUUGUCAGUACAGACAACAAGACAAAUACUGAACUAUACAAGUCAUAUGUCAAAGAGAUUCAAGAAAAGGUUCAAUUCAAUGCUAGACAAGAGUUUAAGCAACUAUGGCAAUUGAACAAGACUACCGGAUUACCAAUGUCACAUUUGUCUAACGUCAUUUCAGAAACUAUUAAUAAGUUGAAUGAUGAUUUGAUUGAAUCUGAUGAGCUAUGGUCCAAUGAUUUGAAGCUCAGAAACUACUUGCUAUUGAAUAAGAUUAUUCCAAAACUCUUGACCAAUGUCGCUGGUCCAGAACAAAUUUUAAAGAAUAUCCCAGAUUCUUAUUUGAAGGCUCUCUUAUCCAGUUAUUUAUCAAGUCACUUCGUAUACGAAUUCGGUAUCGACGUUAAUAUGGGUAAAUUUUUGGAGUUCAUUGGUAACUUGAAAAGAGAUGCUAACAACCUAGAGAUUCUUUAA